UACCAUAAACUCGUGAAACUUUUAAUUUCUAAAAUCUUCCAAAACUUAUUAUACGAAAAAACAAAUUUAAUUAAAGGUCAACAUUUGAAAACAUCCAGACAAUUUUAUUGAAACUUAUUUGUUGCUUAACAUAAUGUUUGCUUUCAUUAGAGUACAGAUCAAACAAAUUGCUUCAGUUUUGAUGGGAAAACAAAACAGUAAAUUAAAGCCAGAAGUGUUGGCAGAUCUGAGAUCUAGUACUGAGUUCACUGAGGCUGAGAUACAGGAGUGGUAUAAAGGGUUUCUGAAGGACUGUCCGAGUGGUCACCUGAGUAUAGAUGAGUUCAAAAAAAUAUACGGAAACUUCUUUCCUUACGGCGACGCCUCCCGUUUCGCUGAACAUGUUUUUCGGACAUUCGAUGCUAACUGUGACGGGACUAUAGAUUUUAGAGAAUUUUUAUGCGCUCUUUCGGUCACAUCUCGGGGAAAGUUGGAGCAAAAACUGAAGUGGGCUUUCAGUAUGUAUGACUUGGAUGGCAAUGGAUAUAUCAGCCGGCAAGAGAUGCUCGAAAUAGUGACGGCGAUCUAUAAGAUGGUGGGAUCGGAGUACUUUUACGGACUGCUGCUCAGGUGA